UAUCUUUUCCUCAAUGUGAGGUAUUGUGGGUAAUGAAAUCAAAAUACACGUGUUUUGCAAAAUACUGAAAAUAAUAGAAAAUGGGUCGACCAGGUUUCAGUCCAAGAGGUGAUCGCGGCGGGGGGUUCCGGGGCCGCGGAGGAGACCGUGGGGGUAGAGGAGGUUUCCGGGGAGGCAGGGGUGGGGGAGAUAGAGGAGGCAGAGGUGGUCGUGGAGGAUUUGGAGGAAGAGGAGGUGGUCGUGGAGGAUUUGGAGGAAGGGGAGGAGGUCGAGGUGGAAGAGGUGGUCGAGGUGGAAUGGCCGGAGGAAAACAAGUUAUGAUAGAGCCACAUAGACAUCAGGGUGUAUUUAUUGCUCGGGGUAAAGAAGAUGCUCUUGUUACUAAAAAUAUGACACCUGGUGAAACAGUUUACGGAGAGAAGAAAAUAUCGGUCGAGGAAAAUGAAGUUAAAAUAGAAUAUAGAGCGUGGAAUCCUUUCCGAUCUAAAUUAGCUGCUGCUAUUUUAGGUGGUGUUGAUCAUAUCCAUAUUGCACCUGGUAGUAAGGUUUUAUAUUUAGGAGCUGCUUCCGGUACAACAGUCUCCCAUGUAUCAGAUAUAGUUGGACCUGAUGGUUUAGUUUAUGCUGUAGAAUUUUCACACAGAAGCGGACGAGAUUUAAUAAAUGUUGCUAAGAAACGACCUAAUAUCAUUCCUAUCAUUGAAGAUGCCAGACAUCCACAUAAAUACAGAAUGUUGAUGGGUAUGGUUGAUACAAUAUUUGCAGACGUUGCUCAGCCAGAUCAAGCUCGUAUUGUAGCCCUCAAUGCACACAAUUUCCUUAAAAAUGGCGGUCAUGUUGUUAUUUCUAUAAAGGCUAACUGUAUCGAUUCAACGGCCGAACCAGAAGCAGUUUUUGCAGGAGAAGUCAGUAAAUUAAAAAGUGAAAAAAUAAAACCUCAAGAACAGUUGACGUUGGAACCAUAUGAACGUGAUCAUGCUGUGGUAGUUGGUAUAUACAGACCACCUCCAAAGAAAGUUUGAAAAGUUUAAAAGAGACAAUUUUUUAAAAUUUCAUUUUGUAAAUAAUAUUCAUAUGGUAUGAGAGGAGAUGUGGAUUCAUCUAUUUUGUAAAUAUUCAGAGAGUGCAACAGAUGGAUUUUAACUUUGAAAAAAAAAAGAAAUGGAAUCAUCAAAACACAUGAAUAUUAUAAAUCUGCAAUAAGAUCCGCAUCGUGAAAUAUAUAGGGUUGCCAAUGACACUACUGCACUUUGGCACACCUAUGACUUGCAAGUGUUUUGAUAAUGAAGACAUUUGGCUUAAUGAUAUGACAGUUUUCAGCCAAUGUAAACCUGUUGAGUUCUAGGAGUGCGAAAGUGCAAUAGCCUCCAGUUUGCAUUGAGGAGAUAAAAGUUAAACAUUUCAAAGGAGAAAUAUUUUUUUGUUUACAUUAUAUUGCAAAACUAAUGUGUUUUAAUGUCAAUAAUGAAUUUAAUGAGAAACCAUUGAGUUAUAUUAUUUACUACAAGGUAAAUAAAUGAAUGCGAUGCCCAUCCAACAGCACUCAGUACUGCCAAGAGAAUCACAAAAUACUAUGUCCUGCACGCUAUCUGUAUUGACCAUAUGUCAUAAUUUAUAAUAUAUUGAAGUAAUUAAGGAUACUGAAUUGUGUGCAGAUGAACUGCAUUGUUAGGGUUUUGUUGUUAGAAAAUCUUUAUUUUUGUCUGCUAAUAAAGAACUGAAUUUGGGGUAUGUAGAAUAUGACCACUUUAAGAAGAGAGCCACAGAUUUUCAACAGAUAUUUGAUUUUCUUUAAAUUCUGCUAAAGUUUCUGAAAAUAGUAUAUACAGAAACUCAUUGAUCAUAUAACAAGAUAUGAAUGAAUUAUUAUACAAAAUAAUGUAUAUGUAAAUAUUUACGUAGUAAAAUUAUGUAAAGUACCA